GCGGCAACAUUACCGCAUCAGUCGUUCAGAAAGCUUCAACAGAGUUCAGACAGCUAUUGCUAAUUAUAAGUUUUCUGAGAAAAUAAAAUAUCUCAAGCCAUGAAUUAUUACGUUCCAAUUCAACAGAAUGAAGCGUGUAAGAGAUACGCAUUUUCUCGAACAUCGUCUAGUACAUCUUCGAACACGCCCCGCUACAUCCUUCCUAACUUGAUGAGGAAAUAUGCAUUGAUAUCAACAGCGUACAAGUUCCUGGACGUUGAGAUCGUUAUGGGAUUUAUAUCUCAUCUGCAAAUUACGAUUGGCGAUAAUCAAGGCAAUCGCAUGUUCAUACUUUAUGCUACGAAGGCAUUUAUCGAGAGGCGUACAGAUAUCGAGCGAUUAAUGCAGUCAACAGUCCCAUUAUCAUCGAUUCAAGAUCUAAAUGCAGAAUUUAUUAAAAUAUAUGAUACGAAUAAUGUAAAGUUAACAUUAAAUGGCAUAUAUUUGUACAUGAAACCAACAACUGCUUUUCUUAUUUGAACUUGAACAAUGUAUUGAGCAUGUAUUCUAUGAACUGAGUCAAUAUACGCACUUAGUAAGAAAUUUGAAUAUUUUGUGUCAUUUUUAAGACAAAAUUGUAUUACUAAUAAAAGCGAUG